AUGUCAGUGGAACCAAAAUGACAUCACACUGAACUAGCGCAUACUGUCUUAAAUGACUAUUGUCACAUAGACAAGAAGACUGCUAAAUGAUCACAGAAGACAAUAAAAUGGUAUUUCCAAACCCCGCUCUAAGUUGAUUCCAAAAUUAACACCUGAAGUCAAAUUCAUCUUUAAUUAUUAAAAAAAUGCCAGAAUACAAAUACAUCAACAGAUAUUACCUAAUGUGGACAUUAUUUUUCUCGUUAUUAUGCAGUAUUUGUUUGAUCAUAACCGGUUCCGUACCUUGGCAGACCAGUAUUCUAGAAGAAGCUCUAGUAGAUACCAAAAGAUGGCAACUGAACAUUGGAAUAUUCAUUUGCCUGCUGGUUGUGGUCGGUACCGUUUCGUUCGAAGCUGGAAGCAAAGGUUUGAGUUGGUUGUACGUAUUUUGUACUCUAUCGCUAGCUCUGGUCGCUUUCGUUCACGCCAUCAUAGAUAUGGACGAGGAGAACGACGCUUUGGUGAGGACCCAGUUGUUGUUGGACAAAUAUUUCGACAACUAUGAAGACCCGAAAAAAAUCGCACACGUGAACAACUUCCAGAAAAGAAUGCGCUGUUGCGGUUUGAAAGACAAGAACGAGAUGAUGCGAGGCGAGUUGUGUCACUUCGUGAAGAGUUGCUGCUAUUGGAGGGUGAAAAAUUGCACGGACAAGGUAGUGUACAAAGAGCCCUGUUACGGCAAAGCCAAACACGUGAUCCAUUUGUUACGUAUGUGCGCUGCGCUCGGCAUCAUUUCCGGUUCGGUGCAGCUAUCGGUGCUGGUCGUGUUGGGAGUGGGGGCUUUAAAGUAUAUUUAUCAUCUAAUAUUUCCACCUGGCGGUCCUAUUAUUACCGAAUGAUAAAUAAAUGUCUUAAACGUAU